AUGGCAAAGACGACGAAGGCGACGGGCGAGGAACGAUGGAAAAUCCAAAUUGUCGCACAAAGCUCUCGCGCAAUCAGGUUCCUGGUAAUCCUUGCGCCUUCAAGUACUUCGGCACGAUCGCGAAAGCCAAUUAUGUGGCUGACGUACGUACAGAAACGGCAAGACGCAUGUCCUCGGUGGAAUACAUCCUCGUUUCUCGAUUCUUCCGCCUUCCGCCUUGCGUUUCCGCGGUCGACUCUCGCCGCUGAUAAAUUGCGAGCGGCGAGAGUGUGGAAAUUGCAUACGCCGUUGCAACGUACGUCCCGGGUGUGCAGUAAUCGUCUUGGACGUAUGCGCGACGCUUGGUACGUAAAGGAAAACGGAAAGAAUAGGAUAGCAGGCAAAGGAGAAAGUACGUUACAGUACGGAUGUCCAGACAGUGAAUCCUCUCAGGAUGGGUCUCGUUAG